CUAGUGACUCGCGAUGAACACGCUGACGGCCACCGCGACGGCGUCGGUGCUGCUGGGCAAGUUCGGCCAAUUUGCGAGCCGCCAGGACAUCGUCGUAGACAAGAAGAAUCCGUUCAUCGGGUACUUUCAGAAAGCUCUCGUCGAGGCGCCGCGGCGGCUUUCGCCUCGUCGAGUGCUCGUGCCCCGUUUGAACACGGCGGCAGGCAAUCAAUUCUUGUCGUAUGCAAAGCUAGCGCCUCGGCAACCGCAGCCAUCGCAAGCUCUCGGGCACUUUACGCCGCCCAUGUCGUUCGCACCAUCCCCCGCCAUUGAAUCGUACUACACGCUGCACUUCAGAGAGUCGGGGAUUCUUGGACGAGGAGGCCAGGGGAGCGUUUUUGAAGUCGAACGCCUCCACGACGGCGAGCGAUUUGCCGUGAAAAAAGUCGAAAUCUCCCACAAAGGCAACCACCUGAAACAGGCCAUGCGAGAGAUUCAAGCGAUGACCCUUCUCCCCACUCACCAAAACAUCGUGCGGUACUACGCGUCGUGGAUGGAAGAGUCGACGAGCUCAACCAAGGGGAUGGCUAUCGAAGAAGACUCGACCGACUCGGACCGUGCCUCCUCGACGGCGUCGAGCACCGACGACGCUUCGUCCGCGUACUUUAGUGACGAUUCGUCGCCAUGUUUUGAGUUUGCGAGCAACUCCAACGACGCCUCGAGCACCUCGGCCAUGUCAACGCCGCCGUCCAAGCCAUCCUGGGACUCGCGAUUCCAAGAUGCCGCCACGAAAUUCACGAAAACCCUGUUUAUUCAAAUGGAGCUGUGCCAGCACGUGUGCGAUCACUCGCCCAUGAACAACUUGACGUCGUGGCUGCGAGCGACCGGUCCGUCCCGCGUCGACUCGGAUGCUGUCCACGACGUCGCGAUGCGGCUCUUUCGCGAUAUUCUCCGCGGCGUCCAGCACAUGCACGACCAUGGCGUGAUCCACCGCGAUAUCAAGCCGGACAACGUCUUCCUUCGCAAUGGAGUCGCCAAGAUCGGCGACUUUGGGUUGUCCACGUGUUCGAUACGCGAUGCGGUGUCCCCUUCCGCCACCUCCGUCGAUUCGCCGCACACGACCGCCGUUGGAACGUUCUUGUAUGCGUCGCCUGAGCAGGUGGGAGGCACGGACCAGCGAACAGCGUGCUACUCGGACAAGUCCGACAUGUUUGGGUUGGGUCUCGUCUUGCUCGAGUUGUGCUGCUACUUCUCGACGGCCAUGGAGCGCGUCCAAGUGCUGACAAGUGCGAGGCAUGGGGUGCUUCCCAUCUCGUCCAAGUUCUCCACCGAGUUCGGCCUUGUCACGUCCAUGACGGCGCUCAACCCCUUUGACCGGUACCUUUCUGAGGCUCGUCAUGCGCCGACUCCAAGUACUACUACUACCUGUAGACCAUCCGCGGAACAAGUGCUGUGUCUGCUGGGCGGUCGGUCAUCUGCGUGGUGACGACUCGAGCGAUCCCCUGCCCACAUGGACGGUGUAAUAUUUCCUCUUGAGACGAUGGUUAAGUCAGCGACUACUCUUCGCGUGCCCGCUUUUUCCACAGCAGCGCCGCCUGCAGCAACUUGAGAUUUGCCUGGGACUUUUCUUCGUCGGGAAAGACGUAGUCUGUGUACACUUCCAUGCCGAGCUCCGACUACCGUCAGAAUGGAUUCAGUCGCAUAUCAACCACAACACGUGAGCACGCGUACCCCAUCCGCCGCAUAUGCCAUUCGCUGCUUUUGCACCGACCGCGGGAGCAAUUUCUGUGCCUUUUGAAUAUUCGCAACGUCGUUGCCCGGCAACGCCUCUUCAAAUGCGAUCCAUGCUUGAACAAGCUGCAAGCGAUCCUCCUUCUUCUCCUCUUCCUUGAGACACUUGGACGCCCGGUCAAACACGUCGCGAGCCG